AUGAGUAGCGACGCCUCCGAUGACGAGAUACCUAAUCUCAUAGAGCCUCCAACCAACGAUAGUGACGAGCCCCCUUCUUUAGUCUCAGCAGAUGAACAGCCAACAACGAAAAGAAAAGUCCCCAUAACAAUAAUAACCGGCUAUCUUGGCGCGGGAAAAACCACGCUCUUGAACUACAUCCUCACCGCCUACCACGGCCAUAAAAUAGCCGUUAUCCUCAACGAGUUCGGCGACUCCAUCGACAUCGAGAAGCAACUUACAGUUUCGGACUCCAACUCAACUUCUGCGGAGAAAGUGCCGUUUGUACCGCUGGCGAAUGGUUGUAUUUGUUGUAGUGUAAAAGACAUCGGCGUCGCCGCAAUCGAGAACCUCGUCAACUCCACUAACGACUUCGACUACAUCCUUCUGGAAACCACCGGCCUCGCUGAUCCCGGAAACAUCGCGCCCUUAUUCUGGCUGGACGAGGGGCUAGGCAGCUCGAUAUUCCUGGACGGAAUUGUGACGCUCGUGGAUGCGAAGAAUUUACUGAAGAGUCUAGACGAGGGAUAUGGCGAUGACGCCGAGGCGCUAGAAACGAGAAAGAAGGAAGAGGGGGACAUGCAUGGACACAAAGGUCCGCUGUUGACGACUGCGCAUUUGCAGAUUUCGCACGCCGACGUCGUCAUAAUCAACAAAUCCGACCUUGUCUCGCCAGAGCAUUUGAAGAAGGUGGAAGAAAGAGUGCGUUCCAUCAACGCCCUCGUCAAACUGAGCAUCACAACGAAAGCUCAGGUGCCCAUGCUGGAAGGUUUUAUUCUUGACCUCCACGCCUACGACGCCGUCUCCGUAUCUGAUCUCUCGUUCGCGAAAAAAGGACAUUCCCAUCUCGACCCUUCAAUCUCUACUUCUACCAUUAUCUUCCCUGCUUUAAUGCCUUCCCAAGUAGAGAAAUUUGACAAGUGGCUCAGGACUGUGUUGUGGGAAGAUAAACUUCCUGAAGGCCACGCGCAUGAGAAUUUUGAGGUGCAUAGGUUGAAGGGGAGGAUUCCAGUUAGGGAGGGGAAGGUGUUGUUGGUGCAGGGUGUGCGAAAUGUGUAUGAUGUUAAUGAGGGCGCGGACAUGACGGCAGAAGAUAGCAGUGCGAAGCUGGUGCUAAUUGGGAAGGGUGUUGGGCAGAAAAGGUUUGAGGAGAGUCUGCUGGACAUGUUGGGGUCAACAGAGGGUUAA